AUGAAUGGCAACUAGUUUAAAUAUCCUCAAAUAGAAAUUAUAGAUGAUGAAGAAAAGAAAUCUAGACAACUAUAAUAAUAAUAUAUAUCGAUUUGUUUCUGUGUUUUACUCAUCAUAAUAUAUUCAGUUCUAUUAGGAAUUGAACAAACAUAAUUACCAUUAAUGCUUUGCAGCAUAUCUUAUAACAGCAUAAUAACUAUUAUAAUAUUCAUCAAGACAUCUAAAAUUAAAUAAACAUGGACCUUUACAAUGAUCUUAUUGAGUAAAUUGAUUAGUUUAGUGGUCUUAUUGUUCUUAGAUUAAGAAAACCUAAUUAUCAUUGCUUUCUUGAUUGAUAGUUUGACUCAAGAACCCAAUCCUAUCAAUGCAUUAGAAUAAACAAUUAUAAAAUUGAGUUCACUUAUCGUUGUAUGCAUCAAUGGAAAUCUCUUAUUCAUAAUGGUUAUGAUUUCCAUUUUGUUGUUAUAAAUAGUUAAAGAUUUGCUUUACAAAAAUGCUUAAACUAAAAAAUAAUAGGAUGCAACAUAUGUUAUUCCAAAUUAGAAUAUUUCAUCUUGUUGUCAAAUAGAAAAAUAAAAUGAUGAGAUAUGGAAGAAUAGAAUGCAAACAAUUCCAAUUAUUGUCAUCAUCAUUUCAAUGCAAAAUUGGUAAAUUGUCCAUAAAAACUAGUCUUUUUAUAAUUUCUUCUCCUCUUAUAAUAAAACAGAGAAAGAAUUAGAAAAUUUAGUAAUGUAUCAUUUGAGUUUUCAUGUUUCCAGUAGUAAUCUUGAGGAAUAAGAUGUUUCAUCUAUUAAUUAAUUCAUCAAUUAAAUAAGAAGACCUCACACUGUGACGUUUAAUAAUUGUAAUUAGAAAAAUUAAGAAACAUUAUAAGAUAUUCCUGUAGGUUAUUAAUCUUUGAAUGAAAUAGUUUUGAACUUUAAGAGUAAAAUUCAAUCCUCUUUUCUUAAUCUUCAUCAUUCUGGUUAUUAUGAAAUUUCAUGCAGAUAACAUUUAGAGGAUGGAUAAUACCUAUAAUUAUUUGGUUAAAUUGUCUAAAAUGAAAAAGAUAAUGAAUUAUUAAUUUUUUUGAAUGAUGUUUCAGGAUAAAAUGAAAUGUAAAAAAGUAUACUUAUUAAUGAUUUCAAAUCUAAAGUAAAAUUCUAUAUAUAUCUAGAUACUUUAAUCAUUCUCUCAUGAACUCAGAACUCCCUUAAAUAGUGCAUUGAACUUUUUAUCAUCUUCUUUGUAAGAAUAAAAGAUACCUCAGUAAGUAAAGGAUAAUUUAAUAGAACCAGCUAUUAAUUCUUUAAAAAUACAACAAUAUCUGAUAAAUGACAUCAUUGACUUUUCUUCUUUUUAUUAAGAUCACAUAAAAAUAAAACUCAGAGAAUUUACCAUUUCUGAACUUAUAACAGAAAUUAGUUCAAUGUUUUAUUAUCAAUUCAAUACUAAACAAUUAGCAUUUCAUGUUGAUUUAAAAGAAAAUUAGUUAAAUUCAUUUUGUACUGAUUAUAAGAAACUUCUAUAGAUUUUGAUUAAUCUUAUAUAAAAUUCCUUAAAAUAUUCAUUUAAAGGAGGUUGCAUUCUUAAACUUAUAUCAUAACCUAAUUCGAAUAUAUUAUUUGAAAUAGCAGAUUAAGGAAUAGGUAUUCAAUAAAAUCUAUUAUAAAAAUUAUAAGAUAUCAGAAAGAAUGUGGAUAAAAAUAAAGAAUUUGUUAAAGAUUGGCAUGGUUUAGGUCUAUUGAUUUCUUCAAUCAUUUUAUAAUAUCUUGCUCCUCCCGAUAUGAACUUUUUCGAUAUUAAGUCAGAAGGGGAAAACAAAGGAACAUUAAUUUCAUUUUGUAUAAAAAACUUUUUUCGAGUCCCUGCAUCCCAAUAAAAUAUCAAAAAUAGUACUUCUAAUUUUAUGAAUUUUGGAAGUGCAUCAAGUCAAUUCAAAAUAUCAGGUUCUCAAUAAUUAUAAGUUAAUAGUUCUCUUUUUAAUGUUAUGGGUACUGUAGUAAAAGCAACUGAAUUUCAUAUAACAAGUACUUAAAUUAAGACUUAAUAUGCACAAUAUCCUUCUAAAAAAUCUUAAAAUGAUUCAUUCUAUUCUGAAAGUAAUGAUGAUUAUUUAGAAAGGAGAUUAGAUGAUUUAGAAAGUUUAAAUCCAUUUUUGAUAACAGAUAUUAAUAAUGUUUAUAACAAAUUGAAGGAUAAAUCUUCUAAAGUUAUUAAUUUAAGGUAAAUUAAAUAAUUAGAGGAAAGAGAGAGUGAACUUUUUAUGACUGGAUUAAAUAGUCUAAAAAAAUGUAAUUGUAUGAGGAUUUUAAGUGUAGAUGAUGAAAUUUUUAAUUAAAAGUCUUUAUAAGUCUUAAUAUCCAAGAUGGGAUUUGAAGUUGUGUUAGCUUUUAAUGGUUUAUAAGCAAUUUAAGUAGUAUAAGGAUUAUAAAAAUGUUGUCCAUCAUGUAAUCUACUGUCUUUAAUUCUCAUGGAUUAUUAGAUGCCUAUUAUGAAUGGAAUUGAAGCAACAAAAUAAUUAAUUAAUAUGAUGAAUAAAUCUUAAAUUCCAUAAAUUGCUAUUAUUGGAUUAACAGCAUUCACUGGUUAAAAAGAUAUUGAUAAUUGUUUGAAAGCAGGUAUGCAAGAAGUAUUGGCUAAACCUUUAAAUAUUUAAGAAUUGAAACAUAUUUUAUUAUGUGUAUUUAAGAAAUGA